CUUCCCAUCACUAGUUGGAGUCGCUUCCUGUCCUGGGUGGUGGCUUUAAACUUUCUUACUCGACUUCAUUCCUGUGUGCGGGAAUGAGUGAAAGAAGAAAACAAGUUUAUAAAGGCGUCACACUGUGCAGCUGAACAAGUAUUAAACGGCGUCGUUUAUUCGACUGAUCUUGAUAUUCUUCGCGCGGAGGGAGAGUAAAACAUCGAAAGUCAUGCAGGCCAUCAAGUGUGUGGUCGUCGGGGACGGAGCUGUGGGUAAAACAUGCAUGCUGAUCAGCUACACAGCCAAUGCUUUUCCUGGAGAAUACAUCCCCACAGUAUUUGAUCAUUACUCUGCAAACGUGAUGGUGGACGGGAAACCAGUGAAUCUGGGUCUGUGGGAUACAGCAGGACAGGAGGAUUAUGACAGACUUCGGCCUCUGUCGUACCCUCAAACGGACGUGUUUCUCAUCUGCUUCUCCCAUGUGAAUCCGGCCUCUUUUGAGAACGUUCGUGCCAAGUGGUAUCCAGAAGUGAGGUACCACUGUCCAAACACUCCAAUCAUCCUGGUAGGAACCAAGCUUGAUCUGAGAGACGAUAAGGACACGAUUGAGAAACUGAAGGAGAAGAAGCUCACUCCCAUCACCUCCCCUCAGGGCCUGGCCAUGAACAAAGAGAUCGGAUCUGUGAAGUAUCUGGAGUGCUCAGCGCUCACACAGCGUGGUCUUAAGACGGUGUUUGACGAGGCCAUCCAAGCCGUGCUCUGCCCUGUUCAUGUCAAUAAGAACAGGAGGAAGUGCCUGCUGCUCUAGAGCUCUGAGACUUCGUAAAACUCUAUCCCCUACCCACCCCCUUAGGCAGACACGUACCAUUGGAUGACCUGCGGCCUUUGACUAAUGGGAUAUUAACUUUUAGAUGGUUAGCAAUGUCAUGAAGUUGGUUCCUUCCAUUGAGAACCCGUAAGGUUUGUUUACAGUCUUUGUCUGACAGAAAUGAAGAUCCUGCCAAAUAGCAUUUACAUUAAGAUACUGUGUCCACAACAUUUGUUGCUUUUUACCCCCUAAAGGGCUUCAACCAUUUGGCAAACCAGAGCUAACUGUUGGCUACUGUGAAGCAAAUGCAAUGUCUAGUGGUUUAACCCAUUUUGUUUAAAGCGAUAAAGUUAAGUCCGCUUACCUCACACCUGUUUCUGAAACAUGAGGUUCUCAUAAUGGAAGGAUGAGGUGUCUGAACAGAUUUAUAUUCUUGCGUGCACACUAUUUGCCAUUUGUUUCGGGGAGGUUAUAUAUAUAUAUAUGUAAUUUAAGGCCACACUUAAUAAUACACAAAAACAUGUCCUAGCCACAUGUCACUCCUAAAUUGUACUUAAAAUAAAUAUUUUACAUUUUAAGUAUUUUCUUUAUGAAUUUUACUGUAAUAUUUGAUUAUAAUGAGAACUUUGAUUGAAAAAAUGGGCUUAAUUGUAAUUGAAUGUCAUAAUAUACUGUAUCAUAAUGCAUGAUCCUAAAAAUAGGCUUUAUUUUUGUGUAAUCAAAGUAUAAUUUCCAUCUUUGUUUUGAGGUGAAACAUGGCCAGGAAAUGUUUUGUUGGUUUCAGAAUGGGCUGAACUAGUUUUAGCCCCCAAAUAUCAGCAUUCAAUAAUGGCUUCUUAAAAUUUCCAAAGAAUCACAUGGGACAAUUAGUGUCAAUCUUAAUUUAGCGGUAUAUGAACGAUGCUUUUUGGCAUUUAUAGUAAAAACAGCCAUAUCUAUAUUUUUGGUUAAGAGACUUUUAGAAACUUUCUUCUUUUUGACACUUUUUAUAUUUGCUCAUGUUACAAAAAGAAAGACUACUGUCAAAGGGUACACUACAGGAAUUGGUUCAUGUGAAGUUAGUUUUCUCUUGAUGCGGUUUAUUCCACUUACAUUUGACUUCUUUCUGUACUAAUAACAUGUAACUGUCAAAUGUGUUAAUAUUCUGAAACCGAUUGCUUGUCUUGUUGAUUGAACAGCACAUCAUGUAUAAGGUAUUCUGACUUUUAACACUUUUACAUAGACACUUGAACUAUCCUGAGGCACAGAUACAGAAUGUGCAUCAUUUUUUAUCACUCUAUCGAGCGAUUUCUAUCUGCAGAAUUAUAACUAGAUUUUAACCCUGUUUUUAGGGGUAUUGAUUAUGUCACUUGUUUUACAGAACCAUAAAUUCAGAUAAAACCCUACAAA